AUGACAAAGUCCAAACACGAGGAUAUGACAUCUACCGGUAGCACCGAUGAUUGCGGUGUCAGUGGCGGUUGCUCCAUAGCUGGAAAAUCUGUCUUUGAUUCGUCCAGUAGCUCUGAUUCUACUGGUCGAGCAGCAUCAUAUUCUGCCCCCGUCGUGGGCAAAAAGGAACAGAAGUUUGUCUUUUUGUCCAAAAUACUUGUGGCUGUCGUACUCACCUUGGCAGUGUGUGCCUUAGCGACAACCGCAUACGCGCUGGUCACUGAGGAAGAGAAAAAUAACUUUGAAAGUCAGUUUGAAGCAUAUGCCUCUGAGAUUGUAACGGUGGCUCGGCAAAAAGCUGAUCAAAUGUUCAGUUCGCUCGAUUCGUUUUCCGUCUCGAUCGCCUCGCAAGCCAUUUCUGAGCAACUGGCCUCGAACAAGACCUGGCCAUUCGUCACCCUACCACACUAUUCCUUAAAGGCUGAGAAGUUGAAGAAUGUCAUGGGAGCUAACUCUUCUGUCAUUCUAUUCUCGCCCAUUGUAGAGGAGAGCGAGAAGGCUGCGUGGAGUGCCUAUGUUUCGGAAGAGGCGCCUGCAUGGUACCAAGAAUCCAUUGAUAACGAGGAAAGAAACUACACCGUACCAGAUUUGAUGACCAAGACACUACCAUUCAUUCAUUUCUAUGAUCCCGCCAAUGGAUUCAUGCCAACUCCAGUCGCAAGACCUGGCGCGGUUUUGCCUGUCUGGCAGACGUAUCCGUUCGAGACAGAUCCCAUCAAUCCAUUGAUGGCAACAAAUUAUGACCUCCUCACAGGCCAAAGAAUUUCUGACCUGUUCCGCAUCACCAGUGAUAUUCUGGGCCCAUCUAUUGGAAUCACCCAAGUUGUUACAGCGCGAGACACCAUGUCUGCGCAAAGCCAGAUCAUGCAACCAGUUUUUCGUGGCGUUGACACCGAUGCCGAGGGCAGGGAGCUUGUUGGCAUGGUUUGGGUUCGUAUGGAAUGGAAGGACUACUUCCAAAAUCUUCUAAUCGAAGGUGUUGAUGGAAUCAGUGUCGUCUUGAAGAGCAGUUGCCCCAAAGUGGAUGCACUGUCUCGUACUGUUCUCGAGGAGGUCGGGGUCAUGACGUAUGAAAUCAACGGUCCAAAUGCUCAACUUCUCAAUGAAACGGAUACGCAUGAUCCCAAGUAUGAGUAUCUUGCAGUUUCAAGUGUACUUGUCGAUCUCGAAGUGGAUUCGGCAAGUCUUUCAGAGGGACAGUGUGUCCCGAAGCUUACCAUGCACGUUUAUCCAUCUCAAGCAAUGGAAGAUUCUUUCUACACAUCAAGGCCGAUCAUUUUCAUGGCGAUUGUCAUUGUGAUCUUUGUUUUCACGACCAUCGUCUUCCUUCUUUACGACUUCUUCGUUGGUAGACAACAGAGAAAGUUCUUGGACCGCAUUGUGCAGCAAGAUAAGAUUGUCACGAACGUUUUCCCAACUGCCAUCCGCGAUCGUUUGUAUGCCAACAAUGAUGAAGCGAAUAAGUCUCAAACUGACUUGUUUGAUCCUCUUGACUAUGAAGAUGGCCAAUCAAAUGUUGUUGGGGGUGCACCUUUGGCCGAUCUUUUCCCAAACACAACAGUCGUGUUUGCAGAUAUUGCCGGAUUUACUGCCUGGUCCUCGGCACGUGAGCCGCACCAAGUAUUCAAACUGCUUGAAACUAUAUACGGGGCUUUCGAUAAGAUCGCCUACCGACACAAUGUGUUCAAAAUUGAGACUGUCGGUGAUUGCUUUGUUGCUGUGGCGGGGCUUCCGGAACCCAAUAAGCAGCAUGCGUUGUGUGUAGCAAAGUUCGCUAGAGACUGCUUGAAGAAGAUGAAGGAGCUUGUUGUGAUGUUAGAGGUAACAUUGGGACCAGAUACGGCUGAUUUGGAGUUGCGUAUUGGCAUUCAUAGUGGACAAGUCACUGCCGGUGUAUUGCGAGGAGAUCGCAGCCGCUUUCAAUUAUUUGGUGACACUGUGAACACGGCAUCAAGAAUGGAGAGUGGUGGCGAGAAGGGCCGUAUUCAAAUCUCUCAAGCCACGGCUGACUUGCUGAAGAAAUCUGGGUUGGGGAAAACGUUGGUGGCAAGGGAAAAAAAGAUCUUUGUCAAGGGGAAGGGCGACAUGCAAACCUAUUGGAUUCGAACCGACAAAAAAUCCGGUGCCUUCAAACGGUCAUUGGAUGCAAGCCGAGCGUCAGAAAUGACGACACUUGCUGAAUCUGAUGACGAUACUGAGUCAUCACAAUCUGAUACUGAUGAAGACGGUCUUCACCUUGAAACGGAAGGUGUCAAGAAAAUGAGUAAGACGGACAGGCUGGUGGAGUGGAACGCCGAAGUACUUUGUUCGCUCCUCCAACAAAUCAUGGCAUCUCGCGAAGAUGCUUCACCAGAUCCAACUCUAGCAAAAGCUGAAAAGGCAGGAUCAGACAAGACUGUCUUGGAAGAAUUCACUCCUAUCAUCCACCUCAAGAGAAUGGAAUCUGAAAACGUUCAGGUUCGACGCCGUGCCAGCACCGUCGUUAUAAAUGAUCAGACCAAGGUUCAACUCAGGACUUACCUAUCCAAUAUAGCAUCCAUGUAUCAGGACAACCCCUUCCACAACUUUGAACACGCAAGUCACGUUGUGUCCUCGGUGAAGAAGCUGCUGAACCGCAUUGUCAAUGUUGGCGAAGGAAAUAGCCUUGGAAAGCAUGAUUCUGGAAGCAGCCUGGGCCUCGUCGACUUGACUGGUCACUCGUAUGGUAUCACAUCAGACCCUUUGACGCAAUUUGCGGUCGUUUUCUCUGCCAUCAUUCAUGAUGUAGACCACCCUGGCGUCCCAAACGCCCAGCUCGUCAAGGAGAACACGCGAAAGGCACAAAUCUACAGAAAGUCUGUUGCAGAACAGAAUAGCGUUGAUCUAGCUUGGGAAAUGCUAAUGCACGAAGAUUACCGGGAACUGCGGGCCUGUAUCUAUCAAACUGAAGAAGAUUUGAAACGCUUCCGACAGUUGGUUGUCAAUACGGUUUUGGCAACAGACAUUGUCGAUAAAGAGUUACAAGCACUUCGAAAAGCACGAUGGGAGACUGCCUUCUCUCAAGCAGAGAGCGUUGACGAUGACGCAGAUACUGAGGAUCGCAAAGCCACGAUUGUAAUUGAGCAUUUGAUUCAAGCGUCUGAUGUAUCUCAUACUAUGCAACAUUGGCACAUUUACAAGGCUUGGAAUGAAAAGUUUUUCAAGGAGUGUUAUGGAGCCUUCAAGGCUGGUCGAGCUGAUGUUGAUCCAAGUAUCAACUGGUACAAGGGCGAAAUUGGCUUCUUUGACUUCUACAUUAUCCCAUUGGCCAAGAAAUUAGACAACUGCGGGGUAUUUGGUGUAUCGUCUCACGAAUAUUUGAACUAUGCCACAGCAAACCGUGACGAGUGGGUCCGAGAAGGUGAAGCACUUGUGGCGACAUUUCUGAAAAACUUUCACGAAAACGAGAAGAUGCGGUAG